GAGUGGAGAAUGUGGUGCCUCGCAAAGUAAAGGUCUGUUAACCCUGUGUAACCAGGACCAGAACACCUGUACACAGGACGGACGCUGCCAGGGUAGCGUAUGUCAGCUGGCAGGACUAGAAGGGUGUCAGUGUGAAGAGGAGGAACUCUCGUGUGAUGUGUGCUGUGUUGUCAUGGAGACGGGAGUGUGUACUUCUACCCGGUACCUUGACUACUUCAACCAUACUCACCAGGGAGCAGGACAAGCAUGUCUAGAGUAUUCGGGAUAUUGUAAUGAGCAGCACAGGUGUGUCACCAUCAACCUUAACGACCCUCUCUCCAGUCUAGAAGAAGUGUUUAGUGAGAGGUCCCUCUCCAGCGCUAUAAAGUGGAUCAAGGAACACUGGUACUACAGUCUCAGUAGUCUAGCAGGGCUCAUCGCUCUUAUUGUCAUGUUUAAGUAUACAUACGUCAGACGAGUGCCAAUACGAAGAGCGUUAACAAGGGUAAAAUCAACGUUCCUAAAGGAAGCUGAUCAGAUGGCAUAUGCCCAGUCAGAUCUCCAUAUCAAACACCACAAACCCAUACCUUUAGAUGUUGCGGUGCAGCGACUAUCAAUAUUAUUUCCUACUGCUGAGCUGAACGUCAUCACAGACACGGCCUGCGUGGCUGCUACCGAGGAGAUAGCAGUAAAAAGGUUGCUGGCGCUGGAUUACCCUAUGUCUAGACUUGCCGUUACUCUGCCCUCCGACCAAAACGGUCUCGAAGAUUCUCAGGACGAAUAACUGUGUAAUUGUGUCGUGAAGCUAAUUGGUGGCGUGUGAUUUCAGGAGUCGCGGGACUUCUAUAUAUAAUAGUCUGUAGGAGACGAUUCACAGAUUGGGGGGUCACGGGAAGUAGGGAUGUGAUCUGUAAAAUAUGUUGCGAGGAGAACUCAUUAAUUAGUAAUCAUAGGGGAAUGUAGGCAUAACCAGGUUUGGAAAUGUUGUGAGCGUUCUCUAGUUCGUGAUUGUCCGUCUUAUGGACAAAGAAAGAAUGAAUUGCUUGCCAUUUUCAAUAUCGUCCGUGGCGAUUAUUGCAAUGACAUUAUAGAUUAUAGACCCGAAGAUUGUAUUUUAAUAAUGCCUGUACCUACUUCUUUGGCCUUAGAGUUAAAGGAUGCAUUUUCACAUUUUUUGCUGUCUCAAUUUGGACAAAAAGGCCUCCACAAGUUUACAGUUGCACUCAAAUUUAAACCCCCGAUUCAACGUGGGAACUUAAAUAAGCAUGGGGUUCUUGCUUCCCUCAGUUCUGAGAUUUGUUGUUUAUCAAACCCGACUAACCAGGAAGCUUUGCUAUUUUAAAUCGUUUAACUUCAAGGCUUCCGGUAAAUCAUUGUCUACAAUGUAUAACUGUUUAAGUAAAAUAUAACUCUUAAAUUACCAAACCCCUGCUUAAAUUCCUGCCACAAAAAGAAAAUCGUUAUUCCUCACUACAUAUUCUGUCAGUUGCUAUAGCAUAUUUUAGGUACUAUCCCUCACCAAUAAUCUCCAUAACACCUGACAGCCCCAACGUUCGAUAUCCACGUCAUAAUUACCAGCUACCUCUGAGGCGAUAUCCUCGUCACGACCACUGGUAAUAAUCACCAGGUACCUCUAUUCCAGGGGCCCCAUUCCGUAAUGUCCUCAUGACAACUGACAUAUUAAUCUGGACAUAUGUAACCUAAUAUCAGUCAGCCCCCUUGCCCCACAAGUAUAGGGGCCAAGUUUCAGUAAGUUGUAAAGACUAAGCACGUGAAAGGGCCGUAUGAUCUCGUCCUAACACGUGGUUAGUCACGUGAUCAGCCCCUUAUUGUACGUUCAUAUCAGUUCCCUUCGCUUUUAGUUUGAGUCCCGGUGUUCUGGGGCUCACUAGGGCACUUAGGAUCUUGUGGGGAGGCGGCCCAUAUUUUCAAGUCAUUACCAGCUGGCUAGGAUCAGGGUCAUGAUCUGGGGUGAUAUCGUUUUGUGUGGAUCCUUAUCUUGUUUCUGUCAUCUUGCCAUGCUUUUACUGCUUCUUAUAGUUGGGCUUUUAAUCGGAAAUGUUUCAGAUUCUUACAAUUUUUAAAAGUCGUCACGAAAUUGCUUUUACUUAGCACGUUUCUGAUGAUUUAAUUAAUCUAACCGUUGUUUCAUCUGCUAGAUUGCACUACUUUCAUUAUUUUCUUUGACUAUCUGAAAUUACAAAUCUUUACCAGCGUCAUACGAUAAUCGUAGAUAUGACAUGUAUUUUAUAAUCAGUGGCUCUGAAUUUUAUAAUUAUUUGCUACAUUUCAAAUGUUUUACAAUUUAAUACCCCGGGGUUUUGUAUUUGAUUUGAUCGUUUUUAUUGUAUGUUUGAUGAUUUUAUUUGUUCUACUGAUAUUUUAAUAGAGUUUCUUUUAUUUUAUUGCUUCUCAGGGCUCUGAUAAGUUAAAUUAACCCGAUACGAAACUAUAGCGUCUUAUAAAGUUGAUACUAUAUAGUUAAACCCGUAUUCAAGAGAAUAAUACGUCAUUCAAUCAAGAAAUGGUGCAGUCAGUG